CCUCCCUUUCUCUUCCCACACUGAGGAGAAGCCAAGAAGUCGUCGCUGCAGCAGAAAGGAGUGAAAAUGAAGAACCUUUGUUUCUUCUUCAUCUUUGGGGUCUCUCUUUUUCCUCUUCUUUGUUUCUCUUUCAAUCCUGAAUCUCCAUUGGAUCGCCGAGUUUUAGUCUUACUCGACGAUUUCUCGCUGAAAUCGUCUCACUCCAUUUUCUUCAACUCCCUGAAAUCCCGUGGCUUCAACGUCGAAUUCAAACUCGCCGAUGAUCCGUCUCUCUCCCUCCAACGUUACGGCCAGUACCUCUACGACGCCUUGAUCCUCUUCUCUCCUUCAACCGAAAGGUUUGGUGGAUCUUUGGAUUUGGCUGCGGUGAUUGACUUCGUUGACUCAGGUCACGACUUGAUAGUAGCAGCUGAUGCGUCUGCGUCUGAUUUGAUUAAGAACGUUGCGACUGAAUGUGGAGUUGAUUUCGAUGAGGAUUCAUCGGCAAUGGUUAUUGAUCACAAGAGCUAUGCAAUUUCCGGAACUGAGGGUGACCAUACGUUGAUUGCCAGUGAUGAUUUUAUCCAAUCUGAUGUUGUUUUAGGAAAAACCAAAAUCGACGCGCCAGUACUUUUUAAAGGGAUUGCACAUUCAGUAAAUGCGGCUAAUGGCCUGGUUUUGAAGGUGCUUUCCGCAUCUUCUUCAGCUUAUUCUGCUAACCUGGCAUCCAAAUUGUUGAGGCCUCCAUUGCUUAGUGGAUCUGCCAUUUCGUUGGUCUCAGUUGUGCAGGCUAGAAAUAAUGCUCGGAUCAUGAUCACUGGCUCUCUAGAUUUGUUCAGUAACCGGCUGUUUAGAACUGCCGUGCAGAAAGCUGGGAGCCCAUUUAAAUUUGAGAAAUCGGGUAAUGAGCAGUUUGUGACAGAAAUUAGCAAAUGGGUCUUCCAUGAAAGGGGUCACUUGAAGGCUGUUGAUCUUAGACACCACAAAGUCGGGGAAACAGAUGAGCCUGCAAUGUAUAGGAUCAAAGACAACCUGAAAUUUUAUGUUGAGAUAUAUGAGUGGUCUGGAAAAAGCUGGGAGCCCUUUGUUGCAGAUGAUGUUCAGGUCCAGUUUUACAUGAUGAGCCCUUAUGUGCUAAAAACGCUAUCAACUGACGGAAAGGGGUUGUAUCAUGCAUCAUUCAUGGUACCUGAUAUUUAUGGGGUAUUUCAGUUUAAGGUUGACUAUCACAGGCUUGGUUACACUAGCUUAUCUCUUUCCAAACAGAUUCCAGUUCGACCCUUCCGGCACAAUGAAUAUGAGAGAUUUAUAACAACUGCUUUCCCAUAUUAUGGAGCUUCUUUUACCACGAUGGCUGGAUUCUUUUUCUUCAGCAUAGUCUACCUGUAUAACAAGUAAGACCUGUCAAUCGAAGAAAAUCGGAUUAUCAUCACUGUAGUUCUUUGUUAUCUUUUUUAAGAAAAAAAGAAUUGAAAAUUGAAACCUCAUCCUUCUCUCCAUAUAUGUCUACUUGAAGGUAGAUUAGGCUUAGGUUGGAUAUACAGAAAUCAUCCAGGGUUAGGUUUCACAAUUUGCUUCUUUCAUAUUACUGUUUCAACCUCGAACAUGCUGGUGGGGUCUUAAUUUUUGCUAUCGGUGUGAUGUCCUUGAGUUGAAUCAUAUGAUAGAGAGAUUAUUUUGAAACUGAUUAUUUGGACAUCAUAGGAACGUGAUUAUCAAACUAUCACUCUAAUGGGCAUUCAGAUUGUAGUGAGAUUAUGAUGUUAUGACCAUGACAAUUGAAGACGUUAAAAGGAAAAUUUCAGUAUCAAGAUUUCAAAUUUCCUUAUAAUGCAUGAAACACGGUCCGUGUAGGACAUAAUGAAGAAAAGACUAUCUUGUUGGACUGUC